UGACCCAUAUUUUUUCCGGCGAAUAAAUGGCCAGUGAUUUAUUACGAUAACAGUCAUUGUCUUUUGGUGGAAUACAUGUGGUAUCAUUGCUGUAACGGACGUGCUCGAAAUCCUGGGUAAACAAGAGCAGAGUGGUAAGUGGAAUGGGGAAGAAGAAGGACAAGAAGGGGAAAGGAGCUGAAAAAACGGCGCUGAAGACCGCGAAAAAGGCAGAGAAGAAGGCACGUGCAGAGGCAGAUGAAGACUUGGAAGCGCUAAUAGCAGAGUUCCAAGAGCUAGAUCGCAAGAGGACACAAGUUACAGAAGAGCCAUGUGCACCACCAUUGCCAAGGUGCAACGGAAGCCUUGUAGCCCAUCCUGAGAAGGAGGAACUCAUCCUAUUUGGAGGAGAGUACUACAAUGGGCAAAAGACCUUUGUGUACAAUGACCUGUUCUUCUACAGCAUAAAGAAAAAUGAAUGGAGCCAGGUGCGGAUACCAGAGGGACCUCCACCCAGGUGUGCACAUCAGGCAGUAUCACUAGCCCAGGGAGGAGGCCAGAUGUGGGUGUUUGGAGGAGAGUUUGCCUCCCCCUCCCAGUCCCAGUUCUACCACUACAAGGACCUGUGGGUUCUUCACCUGGCCACAAGGAAGUGGGAGAAGAUCAGCUCCUCUGGAGGGCCCACCUCCCGCAGUGGACACCGUAUGGUCGCUGUGAAACGUCAACUGGUGGUGUUUGGUGGUUUCCAUGACAACAUCAUAAACUACCAGUACUUCUGUGACGUUUACACCUUCAACCUGGACACGUACCAGUGGGGGAGACUGAGCCCCUCCGGCGUCGGUCCUUCCCCACGCUCUGCCUGCCAGCUCGUCCCCACUCCCGAUGGGUCGGUGAUCGUUUACGGCGGAUACAGCAAGACUAAGGUGAAGAGGGAUGUGGACAAAGGGACAGUACACUCGGACAUGUUUGUACUUAGUCCGGAAAAGGGUUCUACAGCUGAAGGAGCUCCACAGAAAUGGAAGUGGGCCCAUGUGAAGCCAUCAGGCAUCAAGCCCAGCCCGCGAUGUGGUUUCUCCUCCUGCGUCACCGCCCCAAACCGUGCUGUCUUCUUCGGCGGAGUGCAGGACGAAGAAGAUGAGGAAGAGCUCUCCGGAGACUUCUUUGAUGACUCAUACAUGCUUGAUCUUGAGAACAAGAAGUGGUUCCUGACGAACUUGAAGGGGAGGAAGUCUUCCAAGAGAAGAAGAAGAAGGGCUAAGAAGGACAAGGAGACUGGUGCAGAGAGCUCGGAGAGCGAAGAUGACUCCGGAGAAAGAGAAGAAGAGAAAAGUGGCAGUGAUUCCGAGGAGGAGUCCAUACCACUGGUGCCCUCCCCCAGGAUGAACACUCUCAUGGUGGUGAAGGGGAAGAUUCUAUUUCUUUAUGGGGGUGUUUAUGAGGAAGGAGACAAACAGGUGACCUUGAAUGAUCUGUAUGCCCUUGACCUCCACAAAAUGGAUGAGUGGAGGGCACUGGUGACCUCUAACCCCCAGGACCAGGAGUGGCUGGAGGAAAGCUCCAGUGACGAGGAGGAGGAUGGGGAUGAGGAUGACUCACACCUGGGAGCAACAGGAGGAAAGUACAGUGGCAGUGCUUCAGAUUCUGAUGAAGGAGGAUUGGAAACAAAACAGGACCAUCCAAGUGUCCUUGCCAGCGAGAAUGUAGCUGACUUCUUCAGUAGAACUAAGGACCACUGGAUGGAUCUAGCCAAGAAAAGUGCAGAGGAAGAGGCUCAGUCGUUCUCAGAAAAGGCUCUGAAGAAGAUUGCCUUCCAGAUGGCAAAGUUAUUUCAUGAAGAGCAAGCAAAAUCAACGGAAGAUGGAAGUCAGGAAGAAGUACACUGAUUAAUGUGAACUGUAGCUUUUAUUGUGAGGACAUUAGAUAGGAUGGUAACGGGAAUCACUGGUACACUAGCCUGACUAAAUCAUGUGUCUACAAAUGUAGCAACAAUCACACGAGUCAUGCCCUUAGGCAGCAAGAGAUUGUGCAACAAAUGCAAACUGGUGCACCAAGUGCAUGUCAAAGGUACAAGAAGGAUAAUUUGGAUAGACAGUCUUUUUUCUCAAAAAUCAGCCAAAAAUGAUGGUCACUUUCUUUAAAUUUGCAAUGAAGAUUUUGACAAUUCAAUCAGAUGUAAAAUGAAAUACAUAUAGGUCUGCGACUAUGGUGGCAAAAAAAAAUUCCCAAUAUAGAAAGAACCAUGUCCUUUGAUAUUAUUAUGAAUCUAGGUGACAUGUUAAGCCGUAAGUUAUUGAAUUUCCUAAAUUCAGGGUCUUGCUAAUUCUGAAGUGACAAGUGCAAUGUUGCAAUAUUACAGUUAAAUCAUGCCUGAUUUUAGAUCUUUAAAUUUAAAGGCAACAUGACAUAUGUACUAUUACAAGAAAUUCUUGAAGCAAGAAUGUGUCCUUUUUGUUAUAUGAUAACCUGGUCUCCAAAUCUAUAUCUGCCAAACUCUACUGGAAUUUAGCCUUGACCAGUUAGUGCAAUAAAUAAAGAGCUGGGAAGACAGGUGGUAUUAUUACACUGUGGUCUAAUUUGGUCUAGGUUGAUUUGUGGCAACUCUUUGCAUUAAUUGGAAUCCUUCUUCAAAUAUUGACUUCAACCUCAAGUAUUAUCAGUUUUAAAGUUUUUUACAGUUACAAAAUGGUAAACAGUCAGCACGUCUUCCUGCUGUAUUUUUUGGGGAGGGACUUCUUUUCUUUUACAUGAAAGACCUUUCCUUUCAUUUUCGAUGCCAACUAAUGUUUUUGUUUUGUGAGAGUUUGUUUUAGGUUCCUUAGAGAACACUGUCCCUCAAGGAUUUUCAUGCUCUCUCUGUGUAGAUAACCCAUCAAAUAUAGAUCCUGUGGACAAAUUUGAAACUAAAGAGUAUUUUUCCUUGGCA